UUGGGCCGCUUGUUUGGCUGCUGCCGUCACCUCAUGGCGACGCGGGUGGAGGAGGCACCGCUGGGAAGAGGCGGCGGCGCCGAGGAGGUAGUUGAGGCCGGACGGGGCGGACGGCGACGGAGCCCGCGUCCGAAGUUUGUGAUUGACACAAUGGAAGAAGCUGGAAUAUGUGGACUAGGGGUGAAAGCAGAUAUGCUGCAUAACUCUCAGUCAAAUGAUAUUCUUCAACAUCAAGACUCAAAUUGUGAUGGUACAAGUCACACGCAUUCUCUGGAAGAGAAUGAAGGCAGUAACUUUCUAGCAAAGAACAAGAACUUGGUAGGCCCUGCAUUCUGCAAACAAGAGUCAAGAGAGGGAAUUCCUGGGCGAGAAGCUCGAACAGAUCCCCCCGAUGGUCAGCAAGCUUCGGAGUGCAACAGAAGCAAAGAAAAAGCCCUAGGAAAAGAAGUUUUAUUAUUGAUGCAAGCCCUACACACUCUUUCAACUCCAGAGGAGAAACUGGCAGCUCUCUGUAAGAAAUAUGCUGAUCUUCUGGAGGAGAGCAGGAAUGUUCAGAAGCAAAUGAAGAUUCUUCAGAAGAAGCAGGCCCAGAUCGUGAAAGAGAAGGUUCACUUGCAGAGCGAGCACAGCAAGGCUAUCUUGGCAAGGAGCAAGCUGGAGUCUCUCUGCAGGGAACUUCAGCGCCACAAUAAGACACUAAAGGAAGAAAACCUGCAGCAGGCCCGCGAGGAGGAGGAGAGGCGGAAGGAGGCCACGGCGCACUUCCAGGUGACGCUCAAUGAGAUCCAGGCGCAGCUGGAGCAACACGACACGCACAACGCCAGGCUCCGCCAGGAGAACACGGAGCUGGGCGACAAGCUGCAGAAGCUCAUCGAGCAGUACGCGCUGCGCGAGGAGCACAUUGACAAAGUGUUCAAGCAUAAGGAGCUGCAGCAGCAACUGGUGGAUGCCAAACUUCAGCAGACGACGCAGCUGAUCAAAGACGCUGAUGAAAAGCAUCAGCGAGAAAGAGAGUUUUUAUUAAAAGAAGCAACAGAAUCGAGACACAAAUAUGAACAAAUGAAACAGCAAGAAGUACAACUGAAACAGCAGCUAUCUCUUUAUAUGGAUAAAUUUGAAGAAUUCCAGACAACCAUGGCAAAAAGCAACGAACUGUUUACAACCUUCCGCCAGGAAAUGGAAAAGAUGACAAAGAAAAUCAAAAAACUGGAAAGAGAGACAAUAGUCUGGCGCGGCAAGUGGGAGAACAAUAACAAAGCCCUUCUGCAAAUGGCCGAAGAGAAAACGGUGCGUGAUCAAGAGUGCAAGGCCCUGCAGAACAAAGUGGAGCGGCUAGAGAAGCUGUGCCGCGCCCUGCAGACGGAGAGGAACGAGCUCAGCGAGAAGGUGGAGGUCCUGCAGGGGCGCAGCGCGGACGGGGCGCCCUGUUGUGCCUCGGGGGGCGCCGCGGGACCGGAAGCGGCCCCUGCCUGUGUCCCCACCCCUGCCAUCGAGUCCGUUGACUAAGAUAAAGUAUGAUCACUGUACGGAGAGCUCUAUUUUGUGUAUAACUUUCUCUGUUAGUAGUAACUAUUGGUUUUGUGGUGAAAAUUUUUACUUUUUCUACCAUAUCUGUAUUUUCUUAGAACUGCUGGACUUCCAUGGUACAGGAAGCUGCUUCGCAGUUUCCGAUAGUUGUAUUCUACAUUUCCUCAGCUCGGUUGCACACCACCUGCCUCGUUCCCCUUCACUGGAAUGCACGUAGUCACUGCCUUCUCCUUCCCUCCCUGCUCCUCACACAAGGUUAUCCCAACUCCAAAUUUCACUCGAUAGGACCAGCCUUUCCAAGGAACCUUUAUUCCUUGUGGUGAAAUAGGCCCAUCGCAGCAUCCCGGGCUCCCCUCACUCAGUUCAGAAACAAUACCAACAUUAGUUUUAGCUACUAAGCCCACAUAAACGCUAAGUAAAAAUAAAGCUAGUGUUGGGUCAGAAACAUGCAUAGCAUUUGAAAUUGAUUUUUGGUAUUUGUACUGACAAACUGAUAAUGGUCUCGAGCCCCCAAUCCCUUAAAAGCUUUAGCGAAGUGGAAAUCUUUACUAGCACGUCAUUGGACAGACAGACGUCAGUGUGACUCGGCUGGCUUCAGGUUGGUGAGAGCCAGUGUGUGUGGAGCACUGUGGAGAAGGGGCGAGAAGUCAUCCGCUCCGAGUCCCACCAGCAAUGCUCUCCAGCUUUUUUAAAGGGACUUCGAUUAUGAAGCCACACCGAAAACUUGGGCGUCCAAAUCCACACGACUGGAAUUUCGGGAACACUUGGCAGUGCUUAGUCAGGAUCUAUAGCUUAUGCCUUCAGUCUGUUUCUCACCCUUUCAGUUACUGUCACAAUGUUGAAAGAAACAAACCAGUAUUACCGAGGUCUGAACACUUGGGAGGAGGGGGCAUUCAAAAUGAAGUGCGUCAUUUUUAGGUUAGCGCAAAUGACUAAUCAGACUGCAUGGAUACGUUAUGGAAAUCAAAUGGCUUAUGGAAAUCAAAUACUUGAUGCAAAUCAAAUAUUAGAACUGUUAUUAGCACAUGCCACUGAGCUAAGCUAGUUUCAAGGCUUUUGUUUUUCUAACAAAGUUUGUCAAGUAAGUGCCAUCAUGUUGAUGUAAAUUGGCUUUAGGAUUGAGUUGUCCUUUAGACGGGAAUCAUGACCUGACAGGGAGGCUGUACGUCUCCACCAGUCAUCAAAUCACAUUAGUUCCAGGGCCAGAUGGAGAGAAACAUUCGCCGAGUAGGCGAGUUACUAACUGGUCAAAGUUGUAAGCAAAACCACCCACCCCCACCCCACCCCAUCUACCCAACAGUCUCUUACAGAUACUUCCUUUGGCUACUAAAUGUUGGGCUCAUUUCCUUGGGAGGAAAUGAAGUUAUGUAGCAGUCUUCCAAACUAGUACUCGUGACCACAUUUCACAACCACCAGGGGAUGUGUAGCUCUUACUACUUGAUCCAGCCAUUUAUGUAGCCCACCACAUUCCUUUGUGGUGCUUGUCCUUUGUGGAAGAUUGUAAAAUCCGGGGCCUGUUGCAUACUUUCAAGGGCUUUCCAGAGCAAUGUGAAUGGCAGUCCUCUGGGCUGCUGUUUUGGUCUUCCUAUGUAUUUUUAGCUAGAUGCUUUCAUGUGUUUAAAGGAUAGAUUCUGUCUGGGAUGAUGAAUUUGUCCUUUCAGAGUCUUUCCCUCCAUUACAUCCUGUGAAAGCAAAUGGGCUCCUCAGAGGACACCCUCCAAGUCAUCACUUCACCACCAGCCCAGUGCUACGGCUCGGUAGCACCCCCUCUACCUGCUAGAUUGUAUUACUACUAGGCUAGCCCAGAACAGGUCAAAAUGACUGUCAAGUUCACCUAAAUUGCAUCUUUUUGUACCAUCAUGGAGUAUGUGUGUGUUUUUAGUGGCGGUAGACUCCGAAGAGUCUAGUUGGGUCUUGGGUAAUGAAUCAUUUCACUCUCAGAGUUGUAGGACGUUGCUUGGUCUUGAGACCAGUAUAUUUUAGUUAUGUAUGCAACUGCCUUUACUACACCUGGUUAUCACAAUCCAAUUCUCAGGUGUUGCAGAAAAAAUCUACCUCUUUCAGACUGUAGAUGGAAAUAACUGUGAAAAAAUGCAGAUUAUCUUCUAGUUUGUGCUAAUAAACACACUGCUUUAUUUUUACAGCCCACGUCUUUCAUGAGGAUACGAAUUGUUGAGGCAGUCUUGUUUUGCUUUUCAAAGACAUUUUGUAGAGAUUUUUCACUAAUGUGAAUCUGAUUUUAUCUACGCGAUUCUGUAUAGAUUAAGUAAAUAUGUAUGAUA